AUGUUGCAAAUUCAGGUCCCCAUUAUUAAAAUGGCUUUACAUCCACCUUAUGAAGGACUCGAACUAGAUGUUAAUGUUAACAAUAUCGCCGGUAUUUACAAUUCUCAUCUCAUCCAUCAUUAUUCACUACUAGAUCAGCGAUUCCCUGCUGUAUGUCUUUUAGUGAAGCAUUGGGCAAUAACUAAUGGAAUUGGUGAUGCUUCAACCGGAUCAUUUAAUAGUUUGUUAUAUAUCGUCUUACAGUAUCUCUAUCCUGAUAAGUUCGGAUGUAUGCCUCCACUUAGCGAACUGAACCUUUUUCAAACAUUGGAGCGUUUACCACCAAGGAAGCAGAACAAUCAGUCAAUUGGAGAACUCUUGAUUGGAUUCUUCCACUACUACGCUGCCUUUGAUUUCGAAAAUGUCGCAAUAUCAAUGCGAGAUGCUUGUGUGUUUUCGAGGGCAAACAUGACGCCGGAGGCAUUCAUCUAUCGUGUUUUCAUUGAAGAACCAUUUGACGGAAAAAAUACUGCCAGGUUUUCCUUUUCUUUUUGUAGUUGUAGUUUACACUUCUCUAGAAAUUAA